AUGGAGAAGCUCCCCACUAUCAUUCUGCCGGAGGGAGAUGCCGUUUCACCUAGUCCGAGAGCAGGCUCGCUGGGUUCUUUAGAGAAGGUACACACGAGCAGUAAAAGCUCGUUACUGCGUCUGGGUGGCAUCCGGUUCCGUUGUGCGCGUCCACAGCAGCUGGUGGACGAGUUCUACGUGAAGCGGAUGGGGAUGCAGGAGCUUGUGCUUAGUUCUGCAGUGGGAUCGAAAUUAGGUGGCUGUGAAUGUUUAGAGUUUUGCCUUGCUCUUCCGCCGCGGCAACAGCUGCACCAGCUGCUGUUGCAGCUUUCAUUGCGUUCACAGCACCGCCGCAGCAGCCCCUCAAGCAGCCGCACCGACCUCGGGGCCAUCACUGUGGGGGAAGAAGGGGCAGCACACAACAGAGCAGCUCUGUUAGGGCAGGAAGCCGUACACCCCAGUGGAGCCACCAGCAGGCGCAGCAGCUUUUGCAGCCAGAGUUCGUCCCGGAAUAGUAACCUGUCAUCUGCCGUGCCUUCCUCCCCUCAUCGAUUCGCUGCUUUCGAGUUCUUUUCCCCUACGGAAGUUGAAGGUGUUGUAGCGGAGGCAACUGAAGCUGCGGCUAAUUCAACAACAGUGAACGCAAAGCCCAAGAGCUGGUUAAGGCAUGCUGGGGGUCAGUUUGUAUUGGAAUUCGUCCCAGUGCAGACGGCUGGUGGCAAAUAUAAAGCCUAUGAACACCGCGACUCCGACGUCUUCAGUCAUCUAUCAUUCGCAGUUUGUGAUGUUGAUACGAUGGCGGUGGAUUUGUCGCAACACAUGGUUCGCGUUGAUCCCGCUGGGCAGUUUCUGGAUAUGGCCUACGCCGCAGGCUUCACAGACCCGCAGAACUUCAGGGGUCGCCUUUUACAAUAUAUGAGUGAGUAUAAGAUGGCGUCGCUGAAAGCUCACUUGAGUGAUGAGUCGCGGGCUGCUUCGUCGUGUUCGUUUGACCAUUUGCGUCAGUCGCCUCCGAGAGGUAGUGACGACUAUGGCGAGCACAAGCGGCCAACUGGGGGGUCUGUGGAGUUUUGUGGAGGGAUUCGAGGUGACGUGGGGAGCGGGCGGCGGCGGUCUCCCUCUCCGUCGCCUCCGAGCAGCUUCUGCUCGCUGUCUGUGCCGGGUUCCGGUGCCGCUUCCUUUUUUUCUAGCGAUCGCGAUGGCUGCCUUCCUGCCCCCACUCCAGAAGAGGUGCAAGCUGUAGAGCUAAGUCACAGCUCGUCAUCGCUGCGCUUCGACACGUUGCCCUUGCUACGUCUACCUGUUCUCCACCACCUCGAAAUCGCUGCUACGAACCUGGAGGAGACCCUCAAAUUCUACGAAGAUGUGUUGGGCAUGACGCUGAUAGAUAAGAAGACCGCCGGGAGCUUCGGCUUCACUCUUUACUUUCUUGCGCUGGAGUCUCCGACAAGCACUUCGCUGCAUUACUGGCUGUGGCUGCAGCGGUUUUCUUCCAUCUGCAUUAAAGUACAUGCAGAUGGCAACCAUGUGGCACCCUACAAAGACCUCGGGCCCUCUGAAUGUGGAUUUUUGGGUAUUUCGUUUCUGUGCGCCGAAAGUAACGAAGAGAAGAUCCUCAAGCGAAUCAAGAGAAAUUACGUCAAAGUCGAACUUGUAGACGAUGAGGUUUAUGGACAGAAAGUCUUGCUACUAAGAGACCCGCAAAACAUUCCAAUACGCAUUGCUUUUACGAAUUAA